CGAAAAAUCAAAAUUGCCCUGAAAACUGAAGCUACUGUCAGUUUGUUCAUCUCGAGACCCGAACCCGACCACGACCACGACCUCUUUCACGAAGUAACGCCACACUAACCCUUCAGACAAAAUGGCCAAGAUCUCCCGUGGUGCCCCUGGUGGCAAGCUCAAGAUGACCCUGGGUCUCCCUGUCGGAGCUGUGAUGAACUGCGCCGACAACUCAGGUGCCCGAAACCUCUACAUCAUCGCCGUCAAGGGUAUCGGUGCCCGCCUGAACCGAUUGCCCGCCGGUGGUGUCGGUGACAUGGUCAUGGCCACCGUCAAGAAGGGAAAGCCUGAGCUCCGAAAGAAGGUCCACCCCGCCGUCAUCGUCCGACAGUCCAAGCCCUGGAAGCGAUUCGACGGUGUCUUCCUGUACUUUGAGGACAACGCUGGUGUUAUCGUCAACCCCAAGGGUGAGAUGAAGGGCUCUGCCAUCACUGGCCCCGUCGGUAAGGAGGCUGCUGAGCUGUGGCCCCGUAUUGCCAGCAACUCCGGUGUCGUCAUGUAAAGUGCUUGCUUGCGAAAGAGAAUCAAGGAAAGACAAAAGGGCGUGCGGUGCGUGGUGGUUGGGUUUCUGUCCCGAAUGCGAUCAGAUAGAGCGCGGUAAAGAAACAUCUGUUCCCCCCCCUCCCCCAAAGAACCUCUUUUAUUUUAUUUCCCCCUCGUCCAACAAAGAAUUGGUAAAGGGUCGGAAAGCUGGGGUGAGGGUUGUUUUUUAUAAAAAUCGGGGCAAUGUUCUUUUUAUCUACUACUUUUAAAGUCGCUGGAUUUGGCACAAGGCUCUUGCAUUUCGGUUUGCGGCGUGUAAGGAUGAUUCACAUACCAGGCAUUCACAUCAAGGACAAAUCAAAAGUCACUUCAAUCCAUCUUCCCCUGGGCGUUGUGUUCUUUUUGGGUUAAACUAUGUGCAAUUCUUCUCGCCGUGAACCUGUGAAGUUAUGACAUUGAUGUGCAUGAACAGAUGUAGUCUAGACUGUUUAGUACCACUCUUGAAUAUGGCAGCUCAACCUGUCGCUGAAACCUGCUGCAAA